AGCACUGGUUCUACGGUCAUAGAAAAGAUGUACAUCUAAAUUAGAUGUAAAACAAACAUUUGAAUAAUAUACAAUCUGAUGAACACAAUAAAGCACAGAUUGUUUUAGGUGGCCCAUCUCAUGUUGCAUGCAGUUUCAUUAUCUCAUUUAGCUGCAGUUAAUCAUGUGUCACUUGAGAUUUGCACCAUGGAUUUGGUUGUGUCAGGGAACCAUGGUAGUAAUGCUAACAGUAAAACUGGUAACAACUUGGCACUCAAAACUGUAAGCGUGAUUGCAAACAGGAGCCAGUGAGGAGAUUAACAGUUUGGAUUUUUGAUUGACUCUGUGUGUGUUUCAGGCUUGUGUGUGCAAACUAAUACAGGAUUCUGAGGUGUGUUGUAUUGUCUACAUCAAGACACAAUGUAGGGCACUAGUUGAAGAAAAGUCAUAAGUCCCAGUUACUGACGUUACCACCUUAUACAGGAAGUGAUGACUUCCUGAAGCUUUGUGAGAGUUCAUCAAAACGCAUUGCGCACACAGCUUCCCUAUCUCACACACAGAGCACAGCACCUUACCAGGCAGGAGUCUGGUUGUCAAACAUUAGCAUCAUUAUGUCGAGUCAAAGUGAGCAGAAGGGUAUGGGAGGCAAUCUGCUGCAAACGCCUGAACAGGAACAUGGCUUAACAAGACUCAAACAGUUUUCACCCGGCCAUACACGUAAACUGGGGUUGACGAGGAAAUUGCGAGACAGGAGGGAUUUAAAAGAAGAUGAGAACCCUGAAGAGAAAGCACGAAGACAUAAGGAGCUGGAGCUGAAGCCUUUGUAUAAGGAGCUGUUGUACACGAUCUCUCAUAAGAUGGGUAAACCGUCAACAACUGAGGUCUUCACAGAUAGCCAGCUUCACCAGUACAUCAAGGAGGCUUUCACAAUGACUGAGUCAGAGCAUGGCAGUCUGAUGGAGAAAGUACAGAACACAGAGUCCCCAGUGUACUGUCUGAUGGCCACUGUAAAGGAAGCAAAAGGAAUUCUGGGAAAAGAUGUCAGUGGUUUUAGUGAUCCAUACUGCCUGCUGACCAUACUAGAGGACGAAAAGGCCAACCGGACACAACGGUCCAGGGCCAAACCCAGUAAAUCUGUUGUAAAGGAUGCUAUAUCAGGUGAUAAAAUUUACCAGACAGACAUAAAGAAGCAAACACUGAACCCCAUCUGGAACCAAACCUUCAUACUAGAAUUUGAAGAUGUUGCUGGUGCCAGCUUCCACCUGGAGAUGUGGGAUAAGGAUGAAGAGGUGUCACUCACUCAGAAACUAGAAGAGAUCAAGACCAACUUUAACAGUUUACGAAGGAUGAUCAAAGACGCCAAAAAGGAGAAAGGCACAGAUGACUUUUUGGGGAACGUUGUCCUAAAACUACAGGAUCUCCACUGUACUGAGGACAGCUGGUACAACCUGCAGCCCAGAACAGAAACAUAUCCUGAUCGCGGCCAAUGCCACCUGAAUCUCAAGUUCAUCCACAAAGCGAGAGAUGGGACGCUGAGUGCUGGUCGGAGUGCUUACAUCAACUACUGUGGGAUCCUGCAGCAGUUUGUUCAAGCUUACAUCUCUAAGCAGCAGAGUUCUGCUCCGUGGAAAGGGGCGCUGGGUGGCGAGGCUCAGACUCUCCUGGAGCUGUAUGCUACGCAGAACGACCUCUCCCCUUUUCUUCAAGACCUGGCGAAGUGGGUAGCUUAUAGUAAACUAUAUGAGAGCUUAGAGGUGGACUCGUCCGUGCUGUUCCAGCAGCUCACCAGUAUCGAGUACCACUGGCAUCAGCAGCAGCUGCCCUACCAACAGAAACAGGAACUUGGGGAUUCUCUUCAUGAUUUUCUGAAGUACGGACUGAGUCUAGUGGCCAAAUACAGAGACAUCUUCCCCCCAACUCCCAGCGCUACUCCGAAACUACACACACUGCUCAGAAUCUUGGUCCAAAUCUGUAAGACUCAGGCUUUUCAGAAGCUGAACCCAGCUCAGUUUGAGUUGCAUGAGGGGGUCAAUGAUGCCAUACAGAGCGGUACACAAGAGUGGUUUGCCAUCAAAAAGGGUUUGCAUCAGCCAAUGACUAAGGACCUGUCGGAGAUUGUGAACGCCCUCUCUGGGUUGAUUGGGGAGGUGCAGGAAGACAUUAAACAUAACAAGGAUGUCUGGAACAGGGUAUUUGUUAGUGCUGUGCAAGUGGAUGUGUUCACCGUCAUCUAUCGGAAGUUUGACUCCCUGUUGGCAAAUGAAGUGAAGGAAACCUUAUCCCUGAUAGAAGGUCUGAUGGAGCAGCAUCUAGCCAACAGUCUGUUCCCUGUUUACCUGAGCCUGCAGGCCAUCCACAAAGACAAGGCUUUCUUACAGAAAAGGGGAUUACUUGAGCUGACAAACUUUCAAGAGGGCUUCAGAGAAGCUCUGCCCUACUGGCUCCACCAGGCGUUCAGCACCACUCAGGACAGGGUGGAGAGGGCUGUGCAGAUGGACCAGCUCCAGCCCCUGCAGUCCGGUGCGGAGCCAAUAAAGCACAGUUCCUCAGCUGUGGACCUGGUGUCAUGUAUCCAGCCAAUCUGCCAGCUGUGGGAGCAGCUAUCCUGGCCUGACCCCGAGGAGGCCUUCAUGCUCAUGGUCAAACUCACUGAGGAUGUGUGUAAGAUUGUGGUGAACUACAGUAAAAUCUUGAAGGACAGAGUCAGGGUGCUUUCUGAGAACUCAGACCACAGCAGUGCCAUCAACAUGUUGUGUGUGGUAGUGAACGACCUGGAGCACCUAACGCCUGUGCUGGAACAGCUUCCGAAACAGCUGAACUGGCAAGGCCUUCGGGACCGGACUCAAAAUGUGAUAGGGAAAAGCCAGUUCAGCAACACGCUAGAUUCACAGCUUGAGCAAACCAAGAGCUUCCUCACCCGAGAGAUCAACUCGGCUUUAACCACUCUUAGGAAAAAGCUGAAAACAGACAUUGAGACUCAUGUCAGAAACAUGGCAUCCAGGCACAGGACCCCCUCCCAGUCUACAGAGGAUGCUGCAACCCCUCUGAUGCGCUACCUGGAGAAAGAGCUGCAGUAUAUGAAUAAAACCCUGGUUCCAAAGAACUUCAACAGUCUCCUGACUCCUCUGUGGAAUAACUCAGUGGAGGUCCUCUACCAGGUGGCUACUCAGCAUCCGCAACAAGAAGGGCUCAUGGUGUUCUGCCAGAGGCUGCUGUAUACGCUGCAGUGCCUAGAGCAGUGCUUCCAUGCUGAGGGAAAUGGACUCCCUCUGAACACACUCCGCUCUAACGAGUACCAGACUCUCAAAGCUCACCUGACUCAACAUGCUCUGAGCAGCUGGGAGCUUGUGCAGAAGUUCUUUGAUAGGAAAAUAAAAGAGCAGAAAGCGCACAGUGGGGAGAAGUAUGGUGCAGUCACACUCCUCACAUCUUACAGAAGAUCAGACCAAAGACUCAGAGUCGAGGUGCUGAAUGCAGUCAACCUUUUACCAAUGGACUCUAAUGGAUUGAGUGAUCCAUUUGUGCAGCUUUGUCUGGAGCCUAACCACAUCUUUCCUGAGGUAGAACCUCGCUGCACUCGGAUCAAAAGCUGUGAUCUCAAUCCCCUUUUUGAUGAAGCCUUUGAAUUUCUUGUUUCCCCGGACCAGUGUCAGGCUGAAGGGGCUUGCCUGGUGGUGACUGUUCUGGACCACGACACCUUGAAGACAGAUGACUUUGAGGGCGAGGCCUUUCUCCGUCUAAGAGACGUACCAGGAGUUGUUGGAGGAAAAGAAGAUGGACUCGGCUCACACCCGGAAGAUAGCCCCGCACAGAUACGCCUGCCUCUGAUGCACCCUAAACCUAAUGAGGACAGCAUUCUGAGGAUACUGGAGUCCAGGAAAGGAGAGCGAGAGGCUCAGGCCUUCGUGAAGAAGCGAAGACAGAGAGAGAAACAGUCCCAGGAAGGGAUGUCACUGUAAUAAACCUACAGAGACAGGAUCUUCCUCCAAAAAUAUACAAUUUGUUUUAAUGAUUUGUACCAAAAACAAAGAAAAAUCCACUCAAAAGGAAACACUGGUGUUGGCUGAGAUGUGUGUGGACAGUAUGUGAGCAUAGUUUUUACCAGAGACCACCACAGUGAUCAUGAGCAUGGUCACACCGGCACUGAAACCUCACACGCCUUUACUUCUGCUUCCUGGUGAUUCAUCUAAUCAGUGCAAGAGAUAAGUAU